AUGUCGAAGAGAGGACGUGGUGGAGCGUCGGGAGCCAAAUUUCGUAUUUCUUUGGGUCUCCCAGUUGGUGCUGUUAUGAAUUGUGCCGACAACACUGGCGCUAAAAAUCUGUUCGUAAUUGCGGUAUAUGGAAUUAAGGGACGCUUGAAUCGAUUGCCGAGUGCUGGUGUUGGUGAUAUGUUUGUUGCUUCCGUCAAGAAGGGCAAACCUGAACUACGGAAAAAAGUCCUGCAAGCAGUAGUCGUGCGACAGCGAAAGCAGUACCGUCGGAAAGAUGGUUCAUUCAUAUAUUUCGAAGAUAAUGCUGGCGUCAUUGUAAACAACAAAGGUGAAAUGAAGGGCUCGGCCAUUACUGGGCCAGUAGCCAAGGAGUGUGCAGAUCUGUGGCCCAGGAUUGCUUCAAACGCUGGGUCGAUCGCAUGA